ACACAAGAAGACGACGGAUCGAGUGAACACUCUGCAGUGUACUCGAUCCACACUGAAGAUGAAGAAGACGAACAUGAAUACCAGCCGGGAGGUUACCAUCCCGUUUCAUUCGGUGAUCAAUUCCAUCAAGACCGUUACAAAGUUGUUCGAAAGCUGGGCUGGGGUCACUUCUCGACUGUCUGGCUGGCUCAUGACAAAGAGAAAAACAUGUACGUGGCUCUCAAGAUUGUCAAGUCAGCUCCAAGAUUCACUCAGAGUGCUCUCGAAGAAAUCAAGUUAUUGGAAAAGGUCAAAGAAACAAACAAAGAGGCAGUGGGCUGGAAUCACAUAGCACAGUUGUUGGACCACUUUUGGCACCAGGGGCCAAACGGAAAGCAUGUCUGUAUGACCUUUGAGGUCCUUGGAGAAAGUCUAUUGUCUCUGAUGAAACGAUUCAAUCACCGGGGAAUCCCAUCUGCCAUGGUCAAGCGGAUCACACGCCAGCUGUUGCUUGGCCUGGACUAUCUACACCGAGAAUGCGGUAUAAUACACACCGAUAUCAAGCCAGAAAAUGUGUUGCUCUGGAUCCCGAAUGUCCAGUCUUAUCUGGGCCACCCCAGCCAGCCUUCGGAUAACCAACAACAAGUACAACAAUCAGCUUCGUCUGCAUCUCUGCUAAAUCAGACCAGUCCUGGAUCCACAAAGUCCCGCAAACGUCGGGUCAAGCGAAGAAUUAAAAAGCAGCAGGCCAGAGCAACAGUCAGUCUCCACGAAGAAUGCCCUCUGCCGUUAGAACCAUCCCUAGUUCUCCCCUCAUCAGUCCUGGAUAUCUUGCUUGUUCAUCCAGAAGCACUCGACCGUGUGGUUGUGAAGUUGGCUGACCUUGGUAACGCAUGUUGGACGAGUGGUGAUUAUGGACAUGUGAUACAAACUCGCCAAUAUCGAAGUCCGGAAGUCAUUGUUGGAGCAAGAUGGUCAGAAAGAGCCGACAUGUGGAGUUUGGCUUGCAUGAUAUUUGAAUUGCUGACCGGUGAAUUCUUAUUUGACCCAAGAGGUGGAAGCAAAUUCAGUAAAGAUGAUGAUCACCUUGCACAAAUCAUCGAGUUAAUGCAAGUCGUGCCACGAAGCCUAACCACCUUGGGAGAGUAUUCUCGAGAAUUCUUUGGCAAAAAUGGCCAGUUGAGAAAUAUCAAGAAACUUCGUUAUCGUCGCCUGCGGGAUGUUCUUCAUGACUCGUUUUUGUUACCGCCUUCUGAAGCCGAUUUAUUGUCGCAUUUUCUGUCUCCAAUGCUUCAAGUCGAAAUGGAGAAACGACGGGCUGCAAAGGCCAUGUUAGACCAUCAAUGGCUG